AUGGUUCCCAAUAAGCUAACCCGCCAUUUCACCACAAAACAUCAAUCGUUACAAAAUAAACAAAUUGAUUAUUUUCGAAGACUAUUAGAUUCAAAAAAACUACAAUCAAAACAAUUUGUAAGAUCAGUGAAAAUUUCGGAUAAGGCACAGGAAGCUAGUUUUCGUAUCGCCCAAUUGAUAGCUCAAAAAAAAAAAUCUCAUUUAAUUUCCGAGAGUCUUAUUAUGCCAGUUUGUCGUAUUAUGGUAAAGACUAUGUUAGGAGUCGAAGCAGAAGAAGAAAUAAUUAAAAUACCAUUAUCUGAUUGUACAAUUAGUUGUAGGAUUAUAAAUAUAUCAGAGGAUAUUGAGGAUCAGGUUAUUGAAGUUAUAAAAAGUGGAGAAUUAUUUGCCUUGCAAGUUGAUGAAUCAACAGACAUAAAUGGGGCGCCAUCAAUGACAGGCUCUAUUAAAGGAUUUAUUACAAUUGCCAAAAAUCAAAAUCCAAAUAUAUACAUAACACAAUGUUUUUUACACAGGGAGGCAUUAGUAGCAAAAAGUAUUGUUAAUGAAUUAAAGAUUGUACUUGAUCAAGUUGUAAAAAUGGUGAAUUUUAUUAAAAGUAGACCUCAACAAAUUCGAUUAUUUUCCCAGUUAUGUGAAUCAAUGGAAUCUGACCACUAUACAUUGAUUAUUCAUACAGAAGUACGUUGGUUAUAA